CCUGCCCCAAAUAGGCUCAGUGACGACUCCUGCAUGCAGGUUGUUGAUCUCCUCUAAUUGCUGCCGCGUCAGCAGCCACAUCAGACUGUCUGGGAUGACGGUGGGAGAGCGUGUAAUCCCUGCAAAUUCCCCCCUCACCUGAACCCUUUGCGUCCGUGGGGAAGAUUUACCGACCGUCUGCGAGGAGCUCUCAGGGGAUAAAAGCAGCGUUAAUGGUCGGAGGGUUUCAGACCUCAGCGAAGGCAUCACCUGCCUUCGUGAUCUGAUGAACCCGAGCUGAUGAGCAGGAGCUGCACUGCCCAGAGCUGUUUGAGUGCUAGCUGUGCCAGCUGUGCCAGCUGUGCCUGCUGCCACCCGGCACUGCAGCCUGUCAGGGGACUCACUAGUGCAAGACAUUAGAGGAAAACCAGGAGAGAGAAUUUUUCUGGAGUACGCAUUGCUCCCAAACUCCUCCGAACCGUGCUGAAAUGGAGGGACCUGCCUCGGUGCUGUGCCUGAGAACCUGCUACAUAAAACACUGCAAACCACUCCGUGCCACUGAAAAUCCACCCGAGCUGGGACAAUCCCACCUCUCCAGGAGCUGCAGUUGCUCUCACAGGAUGGUGCAAAAAAGGCACUCAAACACUGUUAGCAAGCGUGCCUUGCCCAUCAUCCCAGAAUAUCCAGGCUUCCAGGAUAUUAAGCUAUCAAGAAGUUAUGUGGGAAUUCCAGCCUUCAACCAACUUUUCCAGGAUUUGGAAAGAGGAAAGAACUCCUCAUCCCAGAUGAACGAUUUUUCAAGGAGACCUUCGUUAGCCCAUUGCUUGGGGAGCUCCCAGAGAGGCUCCUUGGAAGGGCCCCUGGCAACCAGCACUGCCUUCCACGACAAACCACUGCAGGAGUAUUUCAAUGAGAGGCUGCUGGAGCUGGGGAGCUACGGAAGCAAGAGAUCCAACAGGAAAACAAAAGCACUUGGUGAUCAGAGCCCCCAGCGAGGCUCCCGGCGCAGGAGCAGCUGCAGCGCCGUGCUGGUGACGGGGCAGGACAGGGAGGGGUCCUGUGUGCCAGCAAACCAGGGCAGCCAGAAAGGGAUCCAGUGGAACGGUCAGGACAAAAUCCAGAACGUCCUGAAGCUCUAUAAAACUGACUGUUUGGAUGUUCUGACAAUGCACAUCACCGCCCCCCUGGAAACAUUCGUGCAGAAGAAAUGACGCCGAGGCUGGUUACAGCUUUCCCAGGGAAAAUUGUUCCUGUUCAGCACCAUCCCCACUUUAGCUCAUAUAUGUCAGCCCCCUCUGACACAGAAAGAUGCUUGUUUGGGGGAGGAAAUAGUCUCUCAUUUUGUGUUCUUGAUUUACAUUGCAUAGAUUUGUUUUCAACUAUUUUCUGCAGAGAAUCAGCAUAAUUGCCCCAUAGGUGUGACUCAUAGCAGUGUUCUAAAUAUGUGCAUAUAUUACUUCAAUGCUUAUAUGGCCUCAAAAAAGAUGGUAAGUGUCAGAGGAGUAGCUUGUUUCCUGUUGUGGAGUUUGUGUUAGUUAAUCUGAAGAAUGAAUGUUGUGUUCAGCCUAGUUACUUUGCUUGUUUUAAGCCUCAUGGAUUUAUCACCAUGGCCCAACUAAUUUAUGGUCUUAUUCUGACUUAUUUCUGACACAGAUGCAAAUAGUUGAUGAGAAAUUAUUGAUUUUCACUCAUUGCCACAUGUAAUCUCCAGGUGGAUCACUGUAAGAGCUUGACACUUGAAGAAGCAAACACAGAGAGAAGAUUUACUUUUAAAUAUGAUCAGCUAUUAUGGUUUCAUUUGCAGGCCCAAAACCCAUUGAGUUAAAAAACACUGCAAGGGCAAAGAGGAAAAAAAUGCUAGAUUCAAGUCAGAAUGAUGGAAUUAAGCAUAAAAGAAGGCUCCUUCCUACUUUGCUACUGUAAAUAUGAGAACAACACAGCAAAUUCUUAAUGUAAUCUGAGCUUCAAAUUGUUUAUGGGAUUAGUAUUUAUCGUGGUGGUGUAAGUAUACAAUGUCAGCUGCAGCUGAAGCUUUUCACUGUGGGAAAUGUCAGUGUUUAAUUCCACAGUGCACUGACUGAAUACCAGACCCAAAGUGGGGCAAUGAUUUUAAGUUUCCAGAAACAUCUACUACUGCCUGUGGUAUCAUUGGCAAUAAAUUCAUUGCAGUGUUGGUUUGAA